AUGCUACUAAUGACGGUGAUCCCCGUGGUGAUCUUUCUGUGCUACUUCGAAUCGGACGCGUCGGACAUUCUGAACGACGCGCACGUUUACCGAUCGUUUGCCGCGUACGAGGUCGUGCCAGAUGUUAUCGAUGAAGCACCGGACUGCUGGGCCAGAGUGUCGUUCAAAAGUGGCCGCCAGGCGGAGGGUGGCAAUCGGCUAACGCCCACCCAAAUCCGCAACCCACCGUUAGUGACGUGGAACUCGAACGAGCGCGCCCUCUACACACUGAUCAUGACGGAUCCGGAUGUUCCGUCUCGGGAUGACCCUCGCUUCCGGGAGUACAUACACUGGGCAGUCGGCAACAUUCCGGGCAACGACAUCGACCGGGGGGAUUUGCUGGUGGAGUAUCUGGGCGCCAUCACUGCACGCGGUACGGGUCUGCAUCGGUUCGUCCUGCUGGUUUUCGAACACCUACAGAAGCUGGACUUUUCUCCCGAGCCGAGGAUCUCAAGCCGGUGCGGAACGGUUCGGCGCUACUUCUCGACGCGGAACUUUACGCGCAAGUACGAGCUGACCAACCUUUACGCGGGUAACUUUUUCCAGACGCACUACGACGAGUAUGUGCCCACCCUGCAGGCGCAACUGCGAGAAUGUGAGGAUGAAAGUUCGCUGAACGAACUGAACGGAUCGCGUGCCAACGGUACCGUUUUUGGAGGAACGUGA